CAACAACAAGUUGGGUUCUACUUCAAUAAUGUACCACAUAUACGCAAAGCCCACUAAAUAUCACAUGGCCCAACCUGAUCUCUCUCCUCCCCUCGUUCGCUUUGUUCCGUGAAGAUCUGAGUCUGCGUUCUCUCUCUCACGCUCUGCGAAACGUGUCAACUCAACCGAGUGGGGGCUCCCGACGUUAAUUUCUGUAAAUUUUCCAUCUGAAUCACACCUAGCAUUUUUGUUCCGGGUCGAAUUCGAGGAGGAUGUCGGAUCCGGAGAACACGAAGCUUGGCAGGAUGCUGCUGGACGAGAUCACCCCGGUGGUCAUGGUCCUCCACACGCCGCUUGUAGAGGAGACGUGCCGGAAAAAUGGGCUAUCCUUUAUUGAAAUGCUGAGCCCUUUCACCAACUUCAUAAAUAUUGACGUACCAGUGAGGACAGCUAGUGAUCAACCCUACAGACUGAGAAAGUUCAAGUUAAGAUUGUUUAAUGCUUCGGAAAUUCGGCAACCCAAUAUCGAGUCUGCAAAGGAAAGGUUAAAACAAGUAAUCACUGAAGCGGGAGAUAAAGAUAUUUCUGACUUAUGCUCUCAUCCCCCAUACAUUGAGUCGUUAAUAGCGUGUCUUCUUGCUGUCUCGUCACAGGAUGAAGAUCCAAUUGACAAAUUUGUUGACCUCUUCAACACAAACCAGUUGCCCCCUCUUCUUAAUGAUGGUGCUAUGGAUCCAAAUAUACUGAAGUAUUUCUUAUUGAUACAUGAUAAUCAAGAUGGCACAUUGGAAAAAGCCACUGGAGUCAUGACAGAAAUGAGGAGUACAUUUGGUGCAACUGAUUGCCGUUUGUUGUGUGUUAAUUCUUCUAUGCAUGGCAUGGAAGAACAUCAAGAAAAUCCAUGGGCAUAUUAUGCAAGGAUCUUUUUUAUUUUCCUUUUAAAUACUACAAAUAGCAACCAGUUGGGGUGCUUUCUAAAUAUGGAUGACAUAGAAGAGUUGAGAAAUACAGUGCAUGAUCUAUCAUCUAAACAUAUAAUACCUCAUAUGGAGCAGAAGAUUCGUGUGCUAAAUCAGCAGGUUUCAGCGACAAGGAAGGGUUUUAGAAACCAGAUAAAAAACUUAUGGUGGAGAAAAGGAAAAGAUGAUGCACCAGAGAAUUCUAGUGGCUCGAUGUACACUUAUAGCUCCACAGAAUCACAGAUACGAGUUUUGGGGGAUUAUGCUUUCAUGUUACGAGAUUAUGAACUUGCAUUAUCAAACUAUCGGCUUAUUUCUACGGAUUACAAGCUUGAUAAAGCAUGGAAACACUAUGCUGGUGUUCAGGAGAUGAUGGGACUGGCUUACUUUAUGUUGGACCAGUCGAGAAAAGAUGCAGAGUACUGCAUGGAAAAUGCUUUUAGCACUUACUCGAAAAUUGGAUCAUCUGGCGGGCGGCACGCCACGCGUUGUGGUAUAUGGUGGGCUGAGAUGUUGAAGGCUAGGAGUCAGUUCAAAGAUGCUGCCAGUGUCUACUUCCGUAUCUCUGGUGAGGAACCUUUGCAUUCUGCGGUAAUGCUUGAGCAAGCAUCAUACUGCUUCUUGUUAUCCGCACCAGCAAUGUUACGGAAGUAUGGAUUUCAUCUUGUGCUUUCUGGGGACUUCUACAAGAAAAGUGAUCAGGUAAAACAUGCAAUUAGAACAUAUAGAGGUGCUCUUUCUGCCUUCAAGGAUACAGCUUGGAGCCAUAUCAGAGAUCAUGUCCAUUUCCAUAUGGGGAAGUGGUAUGCAUCUCUUGGAAUGUUUGAUGAGGCUAUAAAACACAUAUUGGAGGUCCUGCUCUGUGGUCAUCAAAGCAAAGCAACUCAAGAGUUGUUUCUGCAGGAGUUUCUUCGAAUUGUACAGGAAACUGGGCAGACAUUCGAGGUCCCGAGGCUUCAGUUGCCUGCGAUUAAUUUUCCUUCUAUCAACAUUGUAUUUGAAGAUCAUCGGACUUAUGCAUCACCUGCAGCUGCCAGUGUUAAGGAAAGUGUAUGGCAAUCUUUGGAAGGGGACAUGAUUCCAUCCUUGUCAGUUACGAAGACUAACUGGCUAGAGUCACAAUCAAGGGUUUUACCAAAGAAGUACAAAGAAUCAAAUGUUUGUAUUGCUGGAGAGCCAAUCUUGGUGGAGAUUAGUUUCAGAAACCCUCUUCAGAUUCCUCUAUCUAUCUCAAAUAUUUCCCUGAUAUGCAAGCAUUCAACAGAGGAUGAUGAAACUGAACCAGAUGCUGAUGCAUCUUUGACUGAUCAUCAUGAUGACAGAAAUUUGAGGACUACAUCAGUUAGCGGAAACUUCAGCUUAGACACAUCUUUAUUCACUUUAUCGGAAGUUGACAUUUCAUUACAAGGGGGUGAAACAAUGUUGGUUCAACUCACAGUCACUCCCAAAACAGAAGGCACCUUAAAAGUAGCUGGUGUUAGGUGGAAACUCUCUGCUUCAGUUAUUGGAAUUUAUAAUUUUCACUCAGAUAAUAUGAGGAAAAAAGUUGCUAAAGGUAAAAAGAAACUGAAGAAGAUGAAAGAUGACUUGCAGUUCUUAGUCAUAAAGAGUCUACCCAGGCUUGAGGGUGUCAUCGACAACAUGCCUGAAGCUGUUUAUGUUGGAGAGCUCCGUCGUCUUACCCUGGAAUUGCGGAAUCCAUCAAAUAUAUCCGUAAAGAAUUUGAAGCUGAGGAUCAGUCAUCCAAGAUUGCUAAAUAUUGCAGCUUUGGAUGUUAUGAAUUUGGAAUUUCCAUCUUUCCUUAGAAAUCGGGAACAUUCUUUACAGCAACCGGCCGCUGCUGAUGCAGUAGAUAGCAUAUUUGUAUUUCCUGAGACCACGGCAAAUUCUUGGGAAACGCCAUUGAAGUGGCCCCUAUGGUUUAGGGCUGCUGCUGCUGGAAGCGUUUCACUUUACAUAUCAGUUUACUAUGAGAUAGAAGAUGCAUUGUCAGUGAUAACAUAUCGAACUUUACGCAUUCAUUACAAUUUGGAGGUACUGCCAUCUCUAGAAGUGUCGUUGCAGACCAGCUCCUGUCCUUCUAGAUUGCAGGAGUUUCUUGUCAGGAUGGACAUCGUAAACAAAACCAACUCAGAGAGUUUUCGAGUUCAUCAAUUAUCAUGUGUUGGAGACCAAUGGGAACUUGCACUACUCCGACCAGCAGAUCCUGUGCAUCGCAGGAGGCAAGAUAGUACUGAGAAGACAAAAACUUCCAUUGCUACAUCAUGGAGAGCGGAUGUGGGGCUUGUUGAUAGUGAGUUCAAAAGCUUGUAUGAUACUUCAAUUUCACCCUUCAGUCUUUUUCACCAUUAUGAAAGAUUGCACCAAGACAGACACGAGCAGGACCUUGUAAGCUCACUUGACUUCAUCUUGAUAUUCGAGUCACCGAGUGAAAGCGAUGCUGGAAAGCCUAUUAGCCCCCGAGUUUUCUCUCAUCACUCUUGCCAUUGCAGACUUGCGAGUACGAGCCCAAUAUGGUGGUUAAUAGACGGGCCCCGGACAGUUAGGCACGAUUUUUCUUCCACCUUCUGCGAAGUCAAUCUGAGCAUGACUGUUCACAACUCCUCGGAGGAUAUCGUGUCCGUUCGCAUCAAAACCCUCGACUCCAUGUCAGCAGCAGUCAACUCUUUGACCAAUGCAGGGCCCGUUUCUGGAAAUGAAGUGGGCUGGCAAGACACGUCUCAUCUUAACGAAAUCAAAGUCACGACUGAUGUCAUGGGGGCCCGAUUAGGCCGCGCCACGUCAGCAGAGAGCAUUACGCCUUUCCUGUGGACAGGAUCGAGUUCGACCAAAUUCGAGUUGGGGCCUUUGUCUUCAGUUGUGGUUCCUAUGCAGAUUUCCGUUUUUGCCCCUGGAACGUUUGAUUUGUCAAACUACUCUCUGGAGUGGAGUGUCGAUGGGUCGAAAGCAUCUUCUGACAUUGCCGUUAAUUUCACAGAUGAUAUGUUCAGAGGAAUGUACCAUGGAAAGCAGUAUCAUGUGGCUGAUAUUGCCGCCGUGCUUAGUAGGGCUUGGAAUGCCGGCGUUGAUCGGAUUAUUGUGACUGGAGGUUCUCUAGAGGAAUCAAAGGAAGCUUUGGCAAUUGCUGAAACCGAUGGUGCAAGACUCUUCUGCACAGUUGGUGUGCACCCAACAAGAUGUAAAGAAUUUGAUGACAGUGGUGAUCCGGAGGGGCAUUUUAAGGCUCUUUUGUCAUUGGCUAGAGAGGGAAUUGAAAAAGGAAAAGUAGUGGCGGUCGGAGAAUGUGGAUUGGACUAUGAUAGGCUUCAUUUCUGCCCAGCUGAAAUUCAAAAGAAGUACUUCGAAAGGCAAUUUGAAUUAGCAUAUGUGAUGAAGUUGCCAAUGUUUCUUCACAUGCGAGCGGCUGCUGAGGAUUUCUGCAAUAUUCUUGACCAAAAUAAACAUAGGUUUUGCUCUGGGGUUGCUCACUCUUUUACUGGUAGUGCCCAAGAUCGUGAUCGUCUUCUCUCAUUCAAUAAUCUGUUCAUAGGCAUAAAUGGAUGCUCUCUAAAGACUGCUGAGAACCUUGAUGUUGUGAGGGGAAUUCCCGUCGAGCGGCUGAUGAUUGAAACAGAUUCUCCAUACUGUGAAAUCAAGAACACACAUGCAGGAAUUAAGUUUGUGAAAACCUUAUGGCCUUCAAAGAAGAAGGAGAAACAUGAUUUGGAUUGCAUUGUCAAAGGCCGGAAUGAACCCUGUUUAGUACGGCAAGUGCUUGAGGUGGUGGCUGGCUGUAAAGGAAUUGCUGAUAUUUAUCAGCUCAGUGAAACUGUGUACCACAACACUUGCAGUACUGAACAGAGUUUAUAG